CUCAAAAAGCUUCAUGCACUACAGCUUGCACUCAAUUCAACACAUGCGAAAUGCUUUUAGCCACAAACGGUAAUACGGUGCGCACCAGCUGUUGCCAGAUUCAUUCGGGUCUUCUAGUGGCGCACACUCGUCUGUUGGUGAUGCCCGCGCAUGCGCACUGAAAGUGUAAAAGUGAAUAGCGAACGCGAAGCGUAGUGAAGCAAAAGACGCAAGUGAAGAAAUACAAAUACAAGAAAACAAAUAACCUGUGAAUUUACGUGCAUUCCAUUUUUGUGUAUAGCAUCCGACUGAUUAACCAACCGCACUAACCCAUUUGCCAGAGGUGAGCAGAGCGCGCGCAUGCGUUGGCCGAAGUGUUGCGAGAUCAUCGAGAGCAUAAAUUAUUGUUUUAAGCUAAUUGCAAAGCAGUAGUGUGCAGCAAUAUUUAUGAGACAUUUAAAAAGUGGGUCGGCAAAAAGUAAUAGAAAAUAAAAGAAAAUUGUGAAAUUGUGGGAAUUGAAGGAAUUGAGGGAAGUGAAGGAAGUGAAGUUGUUGAAAGCCGAUUGAAUUCUAUUCGUAAACGUGGAAGGCAUAAGAAAUUGCUAAGAUUUGUUUAGAAGUGCUUAAAGUAACAGGCAGUAAAAAAUAUUUCGCUAGUGUUCAGGCUGCUGCACCCAGAAAGCAUCACCUUUUAAAAAUAAUAAAAAAAAGUAAAAAAUAGAAAAAAAAGUUCUACGCUCCACUUUUCAACUGUUAUUAUCACCACCGCAAGUAGGAAUACGCCAAACCUCUUGAAAUGUUAAAGAUUUGCAAAAUAAGCGCCUGUCCGAACGGAACACUUGGCCUGCACCUGAGUCGAGCGCCCUGGGAUCCCUAUCCAUGGGUGAGUGGCAUACAGGAGGGCUCCAGUGCAGAGGACGCCGGCAUGCGCGUCGGCGACACAGUAUUGGAGUUCAAUGGCAACGAUGUGUUGGGACAGAAAAUCUUCGAAAUCGCAACAAAAAUACGUGAACAUUGGCAAAGUGGUGCCACCGAUGUGACGGUGGUGAUUUGGCGCAAUGAAACGGAGCCGGAUAGCUGUUGCAGCGACGAAAAUGAUUGCGAAGACGUUGAUGAUGAAGGAGGCGAUGGGGUGGAGAAUGCGUUGGAUAAUAGUGAUAGUGAGACAGCGAUGGUAGAGGGGCGAAGAAAGCGUACGCAUCAGCAUCAGCAUCAGCAGCAUUCCAGCAUUAAUCAGCAGUCAUUGCAAAAGUUCGCCACAUGCCUGCAACACAUUGCCCAAUUAUUGGAGUGUCCUGUUUGCCUUGAGGUUAUCCGCCCACCUGGCUGGCAAUGUUGUAACGGUCAUGUGUUGUGCAACAACUGCCGCAGCCGUUCGGUCAAAUGUCCGGUGUGUCGUGUGCCGUUGGGACCCAGAGGACGUUGCUUGCUCGCGGAUAAAUUAUUCACCGUGUUGGCUGAGAGUUUUCCCUGUGAUGGCGUGCGAAGCAACCGAAAUUCUCCAAAGGAGAAGCGCAAAUGUUCACCUGAAUUAAAAGGACGUCCCACAGCGAGUGCGACAACACGAGAACAACAAGGGAACCGAAAUCAGCAGCAGCAACAGCUACAACAACAGCAAAAGCUGCAACAACAACAACAAAAGCUGCAGCAGCAACAACAAAAGCAACAAAUUAAAGCCAAAGAAAUGCAACAGCAAGACAAGAAGAAGGUCAAAACUACUGCUGCUGGUAGCCAAAAGAAUGUGACGAAUGGAAAAGUUGUUGCGCAGGAAUGCACAACAGUCGAAGAAGUACAACAAGUAAACAGCGCGACUGACAAUAUCAACAACAAUAAACAGGAGGAUAGUAAGAAACAGUCGGCAAAGGUUGAGGGCGCUUUAGAUGGCAAUUUAUUGCAUGGCUGCCACUGGCAAUGGCGGAGAAGUCGCCUGCGACUUUGCAAAGAAGCACAGCAACAACAAUAAUAACAAUCAAGUGAAGUACUGUCAGUUUAUAAAGGCUACGCAGUCGAGGAGCAAUUGUUCAUCACAGUGUCCAGGGCGGCGACGGCGAUGAGGACGACAAAUGUCAGCAGUUGAAUAGUUGUAGAACUUAUGCUUGGCCUGAGAGCGGGGGAUUGGGGGUAGAGAGAGAGGGAGAGAGGGAGAGGGAGAGAGUUGUUAAUGCAUUGGAGAGUUACGGCGUUAGGUGUGGGGGUAGGGGGCGGAUGCAAUUGCUAUGGGGCAGUUGAUUGUGAGUGGCAUUGUGACGGAAGGAAAUGCGAUGGUCAACAAUGCGCUCGUUAAACUCGAGUUGAAGUCAAGUAAGAAAUCAGCAGAUAACAUGAAACAAGGUGGAAAAGUCACGAAAUGUUAAGCGAAAAGAAACCAAAACGAAUGCAACAAGUACAUAUAAGGAUA